UGGCGGCGGCGGGCGCUAUGUGCCCCACCAUGCACUGCGGCCAGGACUCCAUUUCCCGACAUGCCUUUCGGGACGGCUUCUUUCUGCGUGAGGGAAGGGCGGCUAUUUCGCGCUAUGGCAGUUCCCCUCACACCUGUCGGUGCCAAACGAUGGAUUUCCCGCGCGCAUAAGCAGCCUGCGACGUUUCCCUUUUGGCCGGAAGUGGCUUGACGUAGCAGCCCGAACUACAUUUCCCAGCGGGCUCCGCGGCGGAAAAGGGGGGGGCUUAUUAAGCCCCGCCCCCCGGUUGACUGGCGUAGCCUGUUGCUCCUGAGUGGGGUUCGCGAUGGCGCCAACUAUCCAGACUCAGGCGCAGCGGGAAGAGCCCGGGCACAGGCCCAACUCCCACCGGACGCUUCCUGAGAGGUCGGGGGUGGUGUGUCGUGUCAAGUAUUGCAACAGUCUCCCCGAUAUCCCCUUUGACCCCAAGUUCAUCACAUACCCAUUUGACCAGAACAGGUUUGUACAGUACAAAGCCACCUCUCUUGAGAAGCAGCACAAACAUGACCUCCUGACUGAGCCCGACCUGGGAGUCACCAUAGAUCUAAUCAACCCCGAUACAUACCGCAUCGACCCCAACGUUCUUCUAGAUCCCGCCGAUGAGAAGUUGCUGGAGGAAGAGAUCCAAGCGCCAACCAGUUCCAAGAGAUCCCAGCAGCAUGCCAAAGUGGUGCCAUGGAUGAGGAAGACUGAAUACAUCUCCACAGAGUUCAACCGCUACGGUGUCUCCAAUGAGAAGCCGGAGGUUAAGAUUGGUGUGUCUGUCAAGCAACAGUUCACAGAGGAAGAGAUCUACAAGGACAGAGAUAGCCAGAUUGCGGCCAUCGAGAAGACCUUUGAGGAUGCUCAGAAGUCGAUCGCUCAGCACUACAGCAAACCUCGGGUCACGCCUGUGGAGGUCAUGCCUGUCUUCCCUGACUUCAAGAUGUGGAUCAACCCCUGCGCCCAGGUCAUCUUCGACUCCGACCCAGCGCCCAAGGACACCAGUGGGUCGGCCGCCCUCGAGAUGAUGUCCCAGGCCAUGAUUAGGGGCAUGAUGGACGAGGAAGGGAACCAGUUUGUGGCCUACUUCCUCCCUGUGGACGACACGAUGCGCAAACGCAAACGGGACCAAGACGAAGAGAUGGACUACGCUCCCGAGGAUGUGUACGAGUACAAGAUCGCCCGGGAAUACAACUGGAACGUCAAGAACAAAGCCAGCAAGGGCUACGAAGAAAACUACUUCUUCAUCUUCCGGGAGGGCGACGGGGUCUAUUACAACGAACUGGAGACCAGAGUGCGGCUGAGCAAGAGGCGAGCCAAGGCCGGGGUGCAGUCGGGAACCAACGCCGUUCUGGUGGUGAAGCACCGAGAUAUGAACGAGAAGGAGCUGGAGGCGCAGGAAGCCCGCAAAGCCCAGCUGGAGAACCACGAGCCGGAAGAGGAGGAGGAGGAGGAGAUGGACCUGGGCAAAGAAGCCCAAGGCUCAGACGAGGAGCCGGAGAAAGGCAGCGAGAGCGAGAAGGAGGCCAGCGAGGCGGAGGAGGGCGAGGAGGAGGAGGAAGGGCGCUCGGCCAGCGAGAGCGAGCGGGAGGCCAGUGAAGGCGAGGGGGCUCCGGCCGAGGAGAGCGAGGAGGACGAGCGGGCGGCCCGAGACAAGGAGGAGAUCUUCGGCAGCGACGACGACGAGGAGGAGGACUCGGAGCAGGAGGGGGGCCAGCGCGACGAAGGCGAGAGCGGCAGCGAGGAGGACGACGACGACGAGGAGGACGAGGAAGGGGGCGGCCGGCGCCAGCAGCGCCGCGCCAGCAGCCAGAGCCCCCUCCACAGCGGCAGCGAGGACCGCUCCAACCACGAGGAGGAGGAGGAAGAGGAAGGGGAGGCCAGCGCCAGCGAGGCCCCGUCCGAGUCCAGCGAAGAGGGCAGCGACAGCGACUGAGCAGGCCCUUUCGGAAGUCGGCUACAUCCCUCUUCUGCGGGGAGCACACCUGGGAACGGACGGUACUUACCUUGGCUGGCAGCUUUGUCCCAGUUAAGCCCAGAGGAUUCUGGGAAUUUUCUUUCCUCCCGGCGGACGAGGCGGAUCGGAGGGCUGCCUCCCCGCCACCCGUUUCUGCUGAUCUUCCGCCUCCGCCAGCGAACUCUGCUGCGAACCUUCUGCAGAAACGACUGGCGUUUGGGGUGUGCGGUGGGACACAGACUCACACGCCUUUGGUUCUUUGGCUCCCCUUCUUGUGUUGUUCUCCGCCCCCCACUGUACAUAAUGCGCCACACGGCAGCUCGCUCUCUAACCCACCCCAAAAUAAAGUUUUUUGCUUCUUGAA